AUGCAACCAGAAACAUAUUUUGUCGAAAUCCAUAUUUACACUGAGAAUUUCCUUAUUUUGCGUGUUGCUGUCUUCACAGGUAAAAAAGUCAUCAUAGUUAAAUCAAACAAUAAUAACAAAAACAGCAAAAUUAUUGAUACCAAUGUUAACAUCGAAUCGGUUAUUGAAGGUCUUAACUACGCAGUUUUCAGCAUCGAGCGGGAAGAUACAUUUUUCCAAUUCGAAUAA